AUGGAAAAAACGUGGAUGGUAAAAUUCGUUGUACUUAUUCUUGUCACUAUUAUGCUAUUCACCACACGCACUAAUUGGAAUAAGUAUCUGACGACUAUCCGACCACAACAUUAUGGCUUAACUCAUUCAUUUGAGACUGCAAUUAGAUUUAAUCUUAGCGAUGAAUUUCUAAAUACGGCGCGGCAGACAAAUCUAUCAGAUGACUCAGAGUUAUGGAACAUCGUUCAAAGUUCUCCAUGGCUUUUUCCAAAAUCUCGAUCACUCUUUUCGUAUUUAGGCUUGCAUAAUGAUUUAGACGGACUUUUACAAAUAAUGAGUAGAGGCACGAGAAAAAUUAUGAUUCUCGGUUUUAAUUCGCAUUGGCAGUCUAUGAUAGAGAACAAUAUUUUUACAUUGGUUCGAUUCGCUCGCGCUUCUAACUAUAUCGUUCUUGCUCCCGAUCAAAUCACUUUAUUAGUUUGUAUAGAACUUAAUCUCCCAUGCUAUAAUGCGUCUAGGUAUUUCGAAGACGCUCGAGGCAAUGUUAGUAUAAAUCGCGAAGGACUUUUUUUAGACCCAUAUUUUCUAGCACUAGUAUGGUAUGGUCUUCCGCUUUACCUAGACAUUCUUCGAAAAGGAUUUACAAUAAUGAAGAGUGAUUCAGAUAUUAGUUUUGCGUCAAAAGAGAUUUGGGCAGCUAUGGAAAAUAUGGUUAAUGAAACUAAAGCUGACUUAGUGUUCAUGCGAGAGCAUCCAGUAAAUACAGGACACUUUUACGCAAGCCCUAACGACCGAGUUAAAGCGUUUUUUGAGGAAUGGAUUGCUUCAAGGGCAUUUUUGCCAAAGUUAAAUGAGCAAUUAGCAUUAAGUUCUCUAAUGAAUAAGACAUACAUGCUUUGUCAAUCUGAGCAAUUAUGUAGCUAUGUGAAAAAUAUACCAAUGAAAAGCAAUAUGUCUCGGUCGUUGUUCAAUGCAACGACACAAGGUAAAAUGGCCGCAGUGACAACAUAUCCAUCGGCUUUUAGUGAAUUUGGAGGGAUAUGUCCUCCGAAUAUUACGAUCAAUCCUUGCAAACCACAAACUCUCUAUGUACACCCUAUCUGUAUGACAAGUAGCAAACUAAAAAUUGAGAAGCUAAAGGCCCUUGGAUUUUGGUUGUUGACUGAACCUUGCAGUGAGUCGGCAUUUGAGAUUUCCAUUAAUCAAUAUACAAAAAAGAGCGUCAAAAUCGUUCGCUGCAUUCCGCUACCCCGUCUAUGGCCGAAGAUCGAAGAGUCCUUCAUUAAAUGCUAA